AAGGAGGUGGUCAGGAUGGCGAACUUCAAGGGUCAUGCACUUCCAGGCAGCUUCUUCCUGCUCUUUGGGCUCUGGUGGUCUGUCAGAUACCCACUGCAGUACCUCAGCCAGCAAGUGCCAAAGAAAUCCCACAGGAUGUAUUGUUUCCAGCGUGUGGAUGCCAUAGAAGGGGGAAUCAAAAUCUUCUUUGCUCUGACAGGGAUGCUGGCAGAGCAGUUCGUCCCGGACGGGCCACACCUGUACCUCUACAGCGGCGACGACCGCGCCUGGGUGAAGCUGAUGAACUGGCAGCACACCACCAUGUACCUCUUCUAUGGCCUCUCUGGGGUGGUGGAUGUCUUCACCUACGUCUCCCAGGCAGUGCCACGGGGUCUGGACCGCCUCAUGCUGUCCAUGGCGGUGUUUGUUGAAGGUUGUCUCUUUUACUACCAUGUCCUUCAUCGCCCCAUGCUGGACCAGCACGUCCACUCCCUGCUGCUCAUUGCCAUCUUUCUGGGGGCUUGCAGCACCAUGCUGGAGGUCUUCCUCCGUAACAACAUCAUCCUGGAGAUGUUCAGGGCUGGUGUCACCAUUGUCCAGGGCACAUGGUUCUGGCAGAUCGGGGUCGUGCUCUUCCAGCCAUGGGGAGGUCCAGUGUGGGAUGAGAAGGACCACAGCAACAUCAUGUUCCUCACCAUGUGCUUCUUCUGGCACUGGGCAGCUGCUGUGGCCAUCCUGGCUCUAAACUACACCCUCACUUACUGCUGCAUCCAGAGGUACCAGAGAGGCAGCAGGGAGCCUUACAUCGGGCUGGGAGUGCGGCAGCAGAAGUGUGACAGCAGCUCCCAAGCUGCCUUCCUAAAUGGAUCUGAUGAAGAGUGA